CUGGAAUGAUUGAAUACAUAGGAUUGAUUUUCACACUAUCGCUUUAUCGUUGUCACUUGUGAUGGAGAAAGAAAUAUAAUGAACACGCUGUCAUGUAGCCCCAACAAGACUGGACGAGGAAGACAAUAUUAACGUGCUGACGUGUUUUUAACAAACAUUGGCUGCUUCCAAUUUCAUUCCUUGUCUGAAUAUUGUCUGUCUUCAAGGUCAAACAGACAACACUUUAAAAAUCUAAUGUUUGCUCAUUAUCCCGCGCUUCGCCAGUGAGUGUGUUUUGAUGAUAAGAAAUUCAUUUAAGUUGUAUCAACAAUUAAGUCAAUCUUUGGUAUUGAUUCUGGAAUAAUUCCGAUGUGAAGCUGGUCCUUUUUAUGCGAACAAUUAAAGGUUGACUCUCCGAGGACUGCAUCAAAAUCAGAGUGGAUUUGAAUUGGUAUUCGCUGCACAGGAAGACAGUGGAAGUCCAAGCAGAACGGGCACAUUACUGGUAUUUGUCAUAAAUUAGUGGAUGUUGAGUACCAGCAAUCAAAUUACCGCAAGAUACCAUGGAGUUAAAGAUCUGAUUCACAGAUAUCCAAUUUCUUGUGGAGGACGUUCAAACACUCUUCAGGAAAAAUAUUAUGAAGUAUUUUUCAGUGACUAAUUUUAUUCAACAACACUGUAUCCAUGCAUUCCCGUGGGAGCUACAUUACGCAUCAUGACACCUAGACUAAUGAUUAAUUUAUGGCUGCUGUUAUGGAAUUUAAUGAUCUGCGAUCGGAUUUCGGAAUUGUGUAACACGGAGCUUCAUUGAAUUCACUAGAUUUUAUCUUCAUGUAGCAAAAUUGUGUAUUUGAUACGACUGUCGAAAAACACAACACUAAAACCCCAAUGUGUUUGGUAAGUAAAGAGUUUACAUUUGUUCCGGCUUUUUAAGUUUUCAAGCAUUAUGGAGACGAGCGUUUCAGCAACUUUCUCAGUGUUAGAGAAGAACAAUGAAACAAAGGAAUCCUUCAUCUAUCAAGAAGAGUCUGUCACCCACUCUUCCGUGUUUGGGCCGCAAGUAAAGAGUUUGGAUUUAGUUAUUCCUACAACAAUCUUCCUAGGGCUGAUGGUUUUAGCUACAAUCAUAGGUAAUGUGUUCGUCAUAGCGGCCAUUGUUUUGGAGAAAAACUUACAAAACGUAGCGAACUAUUUAAUAUUAUCCUUAGCCGUUGCAGAUUUAAUGGUAGCUACGUUAGUUAUGCCUAUAAGCAUUUUAAACGAGGUCACCAAAGCCUGGUUUCUGCAGAACGAGGUUUGUGAUAUGUGGAUUACCUUUGACAUGCUGUGCUGCACGGCUUCCAUUUUACAUUUGGUGGCUAUUUCUGUGGAUCGCUACUGGGCAGUAACAAACAUAGACUAUGUACGCAACAGAAGUGCCAAAACGAUCCUCAUUAUGAUCGCAGUUGCGUGGUUUGUUGGACUAUGUAUUGCCAUGCCUCGACUGUUGGGAUGGCGCAAUCCUGACAAUGUGCCAAGUAAAUCAGGCAUGUGUAUGAUAGACCAAGACAUUUUCCAAACCCUUUUCUCAACAGGAGGUGCCUUUUAUGUGCCGACAAUAAUAAUGUUGAUUAUAUACGCUAAAAUAUAUCAGGUGGCACGAUCCCGAAUUCGGAAAAAGAACUUCAUUAAGAAACAUAGUAAGAAACAGAAAUACUUGAUUUCUUCACCAUCUCCAACAAAUGGAGUGACGGGAUUGACUCCCAACGGAAUGACCGAGACUACCAUUAUGUUGGAGGAGGCUUCCUGUGUGAAUGGAAUGAACGGAUGUAGUGAUAAAAAUGACAAUUCCAAAAUGACUUCAAACACUUCUGCUGAGGAGGUUAAAUUGGCCUUGCUUCCUAAUGCUUGUGCAAAUGCAGCUAAGGCCAAAAAACAAAAAGAAAAACUUGAAAUGAAAAGAGAGCGAAAGGCUGCGAGAACACUUGGUAUAAUUACAGGCGCUUAUAUAGUGUGUUGGCUUCCAUUUUUUAUCAUUGCACUUCUGAACCCUUUCUUACAGAACAUCCCAAAUAGUGUCAAUAGCAUUGUUUUGUGGUUAGGGUACUUUAAUAGUCUGCUUAAUCCAAUUAUAUACACUAUUUUUAACCCAGAAUUUCGUAACGCCUUCCAGAAAAUUCUGUUUGGGAAAUAUUCAAGAAGAUAAAAUUAAAAACAUUUUGGUAAGAAUAUCAUACUCUUAUUUUCUUAAACGUUUGACGCUGCCAGAUAUU